UGGCGGGAGCGGUGGAAGGUCGGUUUUAUGAAUAAGAUCUCUUGCAGGGGUUGCCCCGCCCCUCGGAAUGUGCUUGUGUGCGUCACCAGGCAGUAGAACGCCGCGCUGCGGUUUGAUUGAUGCUCUGAAUUGAUCCGGCGGGGAGUUUGUAUCGAUGAAGCGGACCGGUCUGGGAGAUGAAGACGUGUUUGAUCGCGCUGGGACUGUGCGUGGCGGCCGCCUUGUUGCUGCAGAGUGUCAAGGGAAGGAGAGGCCAGGAUCUCCACUGUGGAGCCUGCCGGGCCCUGGUGGACGAGAUGGAGUGGGAGAUCGCUCAGAUCGAUCCCAAGAAAAUGAUUCAGACAGGAUCCUUCCGGAUCAACCCGGACGGCAGCCAGUCCGUCAGGGAGGUCCCCUUCGCUCGCUCCGAGUCCAGCCUGCUGGAGGUGAUGGAGCGCGUCUGUGAGAAGAUGACGGAGUACGCAGAGAAGCCGGACCCCGGCUCUGGGCGCGUCGCCUACGAGCGGGUCGUGACCCGGGAUGGCAAGAUGAUGGACCUGUCGGGGGGCAGGCUUGACACGCAGGCCAUCACCAGCCUCAAGUUCACCUGCGAGGGCAUCGUGGAGAAGUACGAAGACGAGCUGAUCGAGUUCUUCUCUCACGAAACCGACAACGUCAAAGACAAGCUGUGCAGCAAGCGAACAGAUCUCUGCGACCAUGCCCUCCACGUCCCUCACGAUGAGCUCUGAGGACGAGUUUUUCUUUCUGAACUUUCCGAGUUCUGUCUGAACAGAACUGGACUGAACUGACCCCUCUGUAAAACUGGUUCCAACACACUGAGCCCAGAAGAUCUGAUCCAGAAAGAUCCAACCCAGCUCCAGCCAAGAGAGUUGCAUCACCCCCUACAGAAUGAGCCUGUUGUGCUUCACAAAGCCGAGUGAAACCUGCCCAGUCAUGUUCCCUUAGCACACUGCAUUGCACACCAGCGCUGCUGUAGUUUCCCAGAUACUUUGUGACAAAUUGACAAACAGGUGACAUUUCAAAAUCUAACAUGAAACACUGUACUGUUGUUAUGACUUCCUGUAGACUUUUUUCAUUUUGUUUCUUUUUGAUUUUCUUGAUGUUAAAUAAAAUAUCUAAAUUAUGUUCA